GACCGUAUAUAUGGUCUGGUCUGAACCAGACCGCAUCAUUUCCCAGCCCUAAACUAGAUGGCUUUCUUUAGUUCCCCAUAAGAGGACUUGUUUGUUGCAAAUGAGAGUAUAUGGAGUAAUGCGUUGGACGACUAAAAGUACAGGUGCUUAUUUGAAUUUUUUAUAAUUACUUGAUCAACGAUCGUUACAUUCCCCGCUUCAUUUUGACAUUUUCCCUCCGACCUGCAUCGGAGCUGCGAAACCCUAAUGUCGACAAGUGAAAUGUAGCUCACCGGCCACGGCGCAAUUCCCUCUACAGUCUUCUGCAGGCGUCUCGCCAAGACUCAUCGCAGUUUGUGUUCGCUCGCCGAAGUUGGAUUCUUUCUUGCACCGGCGACGACAAUAGUAUAUCCCCCGGUGACAGACCUUUCUAGGGUUGAAGUUCCUCUGCAGUUCACGGUCAAUAGAAAGCUAUGACCAGCGGGUUAAGGAAAGCUGGGAAAAGGCGCCGAUGGGAUAUGAAAAGUAACAGCUCCGGCAGCGAGUUGGGUAAAGCUGGAAAAUGGCGCCGCGAGGAAGAUGAAGAAGAGACUAAUAAUACUGGUACUACCAGUGACAGGUUAACCCAUCUUCCAGAACCCAUUAUUUAUCACAUCCUUUCAUUCCUCGACACGAAAGCCGGUGUUCAAACCUCCAUCUUGUCCCGAGCUUGGAGAUCCGCUUGGAAAAAUGUCCCUGUUCUGGAUUUCUGUAGCAAUUCCUUCAGCCAGUAUCCGAGUUACCGGAGGUAUGUCGACAAAGUUCUGUCCCUCCGUUAUCUUGUUAAUGUCGAAAAGUUGACCUACAUCUCUAAUGAAAGUUCAGAGGAGGAACGAGCUGAUAGUCAAUUUGGCAGGGUUGUCCAAUAUGCCUUGUGCCAUGAUACUCAACAUUUAGCCAUAGGCGAUAGGAUUCGUUUCCAUCGCUAUCUCAGAUUUUCGGAUUUGUUUGGUUCGAUCUUGAAUUGCAAUAUCAGAACCCUAGAAUUACGCAGUAUCGCCAUCGAUAGUGGGUUUCGGUCUUUUGGUUUUCAGAGGAUGACCACUUUGAAGUUGGAUUGGUGCAACUUUUCUUUUGAGCAGGUGGAGGACCUUGAUCCAUUCUCGAACUUCCCUUGUCUCCAGAAUUUGUCCUUGACUAAUAGUUCCAACAGGGUUCCCCGUCACUUGCGUGGAGGGAGUUUCAAGGUUUCCGGGCUCCAAUUGCUUAGCCUGAAACUCGAACUUAUGAAAUUUCGCAAGUUUGAAUUAGAUGCUCCCAAACUCAAGCUGUUGCAUAUUUCAGAAAUUGCGGGUUUUUGCUCAGCAUUCUCAGAGUUGAGUCUUCCUUCCCUCGAUCAUGCUGAUAUCCUUUUCUAUCCGGAUUCCAUGGCAAAAAAGAAGCAUUUGGUCUCCUUUUUCAAAAGUUUGCAUAAUGCAAUCUGUCUAACCCUGCAUUCCAAAACCAUCCAGGUGCUGAGUGGUCUUGAUGAGUUUCUGGAACAACCAACUGACUUUACUAGAUUGACUCAUUUGAAUGUGUCGUCAAGUAGCAUACCUUACGAAGUGGUCGAUUGCUUUCUCAAAGGAUCCUCUACCACAGAACCAAAUGUCCAGUUUGUCUAGCUGUAAAGUAGGUACCGAGUGAAUUCAGUUGGUGGUUUGGGGGAGCAGCGGUCUCCUUUUACGAGUUUGAAGUCCUUGAUUCUAGCUUUGGAGAGUGUACCUUACAGACUCCCCAAGUACUUUCUUGAAUGAUCAUAUAGUGGAAGACCAAUCUGUGAGAAGCUCCUGGAACAACUAUAUGCAAUAGGUUAGUACUUGGUAGUGCCCUUUUUCUUAUCAGGUUUAUCUGGUGAUGCUCACAGAUAUCCCUUUCUUGUCAUUGCUUAAGGCUUAAACAGAUUGUUCUGAUGAUCGUUGUAGUAACUUGUUAGCUUGGUUUCUGGUAUAUGAAUCGAGUCUCUUGACCGCGCGACUCGAUGAUAACCCUUUGCGAUGCAUCGCAGAAUCAUUGCUCUCUGUGGCUAUUACUUUUCGCCUUUCGGUUGUUGAUCAGAAGUUUUAAGUUAUUUAAGAACAAUGCCGACUCCA